AUGCUCAAGUACAACGGAGUGUUUGUCGUCGACAAACCCAAGAAUAUUGGGUCUACACAGGUGGUGGAGAAACUCAAGUGGACCUUCAUCAAUGCCGCCGGAGGAAAGCAGAAGGGGGGCAGCCGAAACCCGCUGAAAAUCGGCCACGGGGGAGCUCUAGACCCGUUUGCCACGGGCGUUCUGGCGAUUGGGGUCGGAGCCGGAACCAAACAGCUCGGCGACAUGACCCACAGCACUGACAAGGAGUACAUUGCGACGGUGUUUAUGGGCCACGAAACCACCACCUGCGACCGUGAGGGCCAUGUGGUCAAGUCUGACGAUUCGAGCCAUAUUACCGCGGAGAAGAUCGAGGAGACUCUGGCAAAGUUCCGUGGCGACAUCAAGCAGUUCCCACCGGUUUACUCGUCCGUCAGCGUCGACGGAGUGCGGCUUUGGGACUAUGCUCGCAACGGACUCAAGGUGCCGUACAUUCCGUCUCGGGAGUGCCACGUGAGCAAGCUGGAGCUGGUGUCGCCGGUGAUUUCGACCCACGGAUACACUCCUCUGGGGCGGGCCAACGAGGAGGAGAUGGCUGUGGCCGCCGGAGUGGCCAAGAUCAAAAAGGAGGGGGGAGACAUGACUCGAGAAGAGUACGAAAAGAGCAAGCAAGGCCAGCCGACGGUGUCGAAAAAGCAGCUCAAGAAGAACAAGAAGCGUAAAUAUGACGCCGAGGAAGUCGCCGCCGUCGUCAGAGACCCCGUUGGUGAAGUUGAGGAGACCCACACCCACUCCAAGUCGCUGGAGGAGCGCGAAAAAGAAUACAAUGAGAAACUGGCCCAGCAGGAGGUGAAUGUUUUCAACAAGUUUGCCAAGGAGCAGGCCGAGAAGGGCUCUUUCCAACCCAAGACGCCGGUCUUCCAGAUCCGAGCUGCGGUGUCUUCGGGAACGUAUAUCCGACAGCUGGCCAAUGAUAUCUGCGAAGAGCUGGGCGUCUCGGGACAUUUGGUGGAGUUGCGACGAUUGACCCAAGGCGACUUUGGAGUGGACAAUUGUUUUCCUCUGGACAAGAUUCUGAACCAGCCGGAGGAGAUCUGGGAACACGAGAUCACCAAGGCGCUGAAAGAGGGACCCAAGUAUGUUUACACCGAGUCGGGAGUGGCAGGGGUGGUGGAGGAGAAGGGCGGCGAUAGACGAAUUACUGAGACGGAGACAGAGGCUCAGACGGAGACCGGGACUGAGACCGGGUCUGAAGCUCAGACUGAGCCCAAAGCCCAGUCAGUGGAUGAUAAGACCUCUGACAAGAAUGAGACUGCCAACAAGACGGUUGUCGAAGCCGGAGCCGAAUCCAAGAAACAAAAGACUGAGUAG